AUGGAAAACAGGGGGUGGGGGGAGUCCGUUUCUCGAAUCUUGCACGAGGAGCCAACAUCUGGUAUCACCACCCAACCAAUACAAUACCAAUUCCCCCAUCCUUCUCUCUCUCUCCUCCCCCUCUUCAGGCCUCACUCUCCUUCCCGGUUUGGUUCUCACAGGUCAGACAGGAUCACAGGGCAACCGAUUACAUCUCCACUAAACCAGCUUCAUGUGACUAAGCAUAAGUGCUAUACCCAGCACCGGCUUCCCGUGACAGUGGUUUAUAAAUGCACCUAG